GCUCUGCUCCGCCCGGCAGCGGGGCCGGCCCGUGGCGAGGCGGCGCCGGGACCCUGCCCAGCCCGGAGCGGGAGCGGAGCUCGGGUUCGGAUCCCGCCGCCGGCAGCAGCAGCGCUCCCCGGGCCGCGGCGAGAGGCGAGCUCCGGGCCGGGACAAAGGGCCAUGGCCGAGCGGGCCGCUGCCCAGGCUCCAGAAUGGGACAUGGGGUCCCGGCACUCGCCUCUUUCACAGCCCCACGCUGUCCCCCGCCGGACUUCUGCGAGAGAAACCCCGCUGCACGCUGCGGAGAUCUCCCUGACUCUAGUGGCUGCCAUUCAAGCCGUGGAGAGAAAGGUUGAUGCUCACGCCAUCCGGUUGCUGAAUCUGGAAGGGAGAACAGGGACGGCUGAGAAGAAAUUGAUAGGUUGUGAGAAAACCGUGGUGGAGUUUGGGAACCAGCUGGAGAGUAAGUGGGCCGUGCUGGAAACUCUGAUCCAGGAGUACGGGGUACUGCUGAGGAGGCUGGAGAACAUGGAGAACCUGCUGAAGAACAGGAACUUCUGGAUCCUGCGGCUUCCCCCAGGGACUAAGGGGGAGGUCCCCAAGGUCCCAGUGACGUUUGAUGACGUCUCCGUCUGUUUCUCCGAGCCGGAGUGGGAGAACUUAGACGGAGGGCAGAAGGAGCUGUACAAGAACACGAUGAAGGGGAAUUACGAGACCCUGAUCUCGCUGGACUACGCCAUCUCCAAACCCGACAUCCAGAUAGAGCAGGGGGAGGAGCCGUGUGUCAGGGAUCAGGAGGACUCCGAGAGGAGAGAGAGCCCUCCGGAGCCCUGCUCGGCAGAUAGCGGGGUGGUGGUCAAAGUGGAGGAGGAGAGCCCUGAGGAGGAGCCGGAGAACUUGGAGCUACAAAGGACGUUGCCGGAAAUGGAGGUUUUCCAGUGUCCGGAGCAGGAAACAACUCAUGAGGAGAGUCUGUGCAGCCCCGAGAGGGAGCCCGCGGCCCUGCCCGGAAACGGCCUGGAGGAGCCGUCUCAGUGCGGGACAGACCCCCAGGAGCUCGAGCCGUUGCUUGUUCAGCUGCAGAGCCCCACGGCAGCCAGGCUGUUCGUAUGCGCCGAGUGUGGGAAGAGCUUCCGCAGCCAGCAGCAUCUCACCCUGCAUCAGAGGGACCACGCGGGAGCAGGGGCCUGCCUGCCGCAGCCCGGGGAGAGCUUCACCCUGAAACCCAGCCCCAGACCCCACCCCGGGGCCCAGGCGGGAGGCAAACCCUACAAGUGCUCCGAGUGCGAGCGCAGCUUCUGCCACAGGUCCAGCCUGCGGAAGCACCACCUGUCGCACACCGGGGAGCGGCCCUACACCUGCGCCGAGUGCCGGAAGAGCUUCAAGCAGAGGGUGAGCCUGGUGCUGCACCAGCGGAUCCACUCGGACAGGAGCGAAGGCUCCUUCAUCUGCACACAGUGCGGCAAGUACUUCAGCCACCACUCCAACCUGACGCGGCACCUGCGCAUCCACACGGGGGAGCGGCCCUACAAGUGCACCGAGUGCGAGAAGAGCUUCACGCGCAACCAGUACCUGGUGGAGCACCAGCGCAUGCACGCGGGCGAGCGCCCCUAUCACUGCGCCGAGUGCGGCAAGAGCUUCCGCUACAAGCGCUCGCUCUACUACCACCAGAACAUCCACCCUGGGAAGGGCUUCCCUGGGCCGGGGCCAGGCCACCUUCUGUCAGUCCCGUCCUUUGUCUUUAUUCAUGAACAGGACGUCAGCUGCUGGUUGUGUCAGCGGGUGCAGUCUGCACGAGAGGAGGUUCACGGUCUCCUCUUCUGCCUGUGGCUCAGUGUGCAGCCGGGCCCAUGGUCCAGGCCGCGGCUCCUCCCCCUCCCGGCUGCGCUCGCUCUGCUCCGCCCGGCAGCGGGGCCGGCCCGUGGCGAGGCGGCGCCGGGACCCUGCCCAGCCCGGAGCGGGAGCGGAGCUCGGCCGGGUCGGGCCCGCUGGAGAAGCCCCGCCCGCCUCCCCGGGGGGGCCAUGGCCGAGCGGGCCGCUGCCCAGGCUCGGGAAUGGGACAUGGAGUCCCUGCACUUGGCUCCUCUGCAACCGCACAUUGUCCCCAAGCGAACUGCUGCGGGAGAAACCCAGCUGCAAACGGCAGAGAUCUCCCUGUGGACUGUAGUGGCUGCAAUUCAAGCCGUGGAGAGGAAGGUGGAUUCCCAUGCCACGCAGUUAUUGAGUCUGGAGGGCAGAACAGGGACAGCUGAGAAGAAAAUAUCUGACACAGAGAAAGGAAUGAUGGAGUUUAGUAACCAACUGGCCAUGCUAGGAUCUCUGAUCCAGGAAUAUGGACUGAUGCAGAGGAGGCUGGAAAACAUGGAGAACCUGCUGAAGAACAGGAACUUCUGGAUCCUGAGACUGCCCCCAGGCACUAAGGGAGAAGUCCCCAAGGUGCCAGUGACGUUCGAUGAUGUUUCCAUCUAUUUCUCUGAGCAGGAGUGGGGGAAAUUGGACGAUUGGCAGAAAGACCUUUACAAGAACGUGAUGAAAGGCAACUAUGAAUCAUUGAUCUCACUGGACUACGCCAUCUCCAAACCUGACCUUCUGUCCAGGAUUGAACGGGGGGAGGAGCCGUGUAGGGUGGCUCAGGAGGACUCUGAGGAGAGCGUGAUCCCGAAGGAGCCUAGCACAGAAUUGCUGAGCCUUACUCAUGACACUGUAUCGUGGGUAAAACAAGAAGACCUGUACAUCAGGGAUCAGUGGGACUCAGAGGAGAGAGAGAUCUCUACAGAGCCCAGCACAGCAGAUGACGAGGUUGUAGUCAAAGCUGAGGAGGGAAUCCCGGUGAGCCUGGAGCUGUACAGCACGUUGCCUGAACGACCAGAAGAGACUGUUUUCCAGUACCCUGAGCAGGAUCCGAUCUGUGACGAUCAGGGCAACGUCAGCAUCCAGGGAGAAUACCCUGAUGGGAACAGUCUGGGGGACUCGGCUGCAGGCGAGAGAGACUUCAGUAACUUCACCACAAUCAUUGUCCAAGAGGAGAGCCUCCCAGGAGAGGCACCGUAUGUCUGUUCUGAAUGUGGGAAAAGCUUCCUCUACGAGCAGCAGUGCGUACUGCACCAGAGGAUCCAUGGUGAAGCCCACAUGCCUCCUGAGCACAGGGAGAACUUCAAGCAAAACCACUGUCUCAAAUCCUGCCCACAGAUCCAGCCAGGGGAGAGAGUCUAUAACUGCCCUGAGUGUGAGCAGAGCUUCCCUCACAAGUCGAGCCUCAGCAAACACCAGCUCUCCCACACGGGGGACCGGCCAUACACCUGUGCUGAGUGCAAGAAGAGCUUCCAGCUGAAGAUUAACCUCAUGAUACACCAGAGGAGUCACGCAGGGAAGAGCAGGGGCUUGUAUAUCUGCAACGAAUGUGGGAGGGGCUUUAACCACCAUUCGAACUUCAUUAGGCACCAGAUGAUCCACACUGGGGAGAGACCCUAUGGCUGCACCGAGUGCGGGAAAACCUUCAUGCGGAAGGAGCAUCUCCUGACCCACCGGCGCCUGCACACGGGAGAACGGCCCUACCAGUGCACCGAGUGCCGGAAGAGCUUCACCCGCAAACAGCAUCUGGUGGGACACCAGCGCAUCCACACGGGAGAGAAACUCUGGGGGACGCUGGCAGCACAGAGACGCUUGCACGACCUGCCAGGCAAAGCGCACAGGGAGAGCCUGUGUCGCCGCCCUUGA